AUGUCAAGGUGUGUUAGCCAGCCUCCAGCUUCGAAAUCCAAGGUUUAUGGGUCUGCCAGCUUGGGCCAUGCUAAUGUUCGCGGCAAGGAGGUUGACCUCUCGUUGGCAAGCGGUGUCGGAAGCCACGAGGUGGCCGAACAGCAGCGCCGAGACGCGAAGCAGUUUGACCGGUGGAUGACGCUUCAGGGAGCCCACGUCGACUUUCUGUCCUACAUCAUGGCGCUGCUAAUGUGCGUUGUGACGCUGACGCGCGCCGGGAGCUACGCCGCCGGCUGCCCGAGCCGUUCGGCUAUUGCCGCAUUAGCUGCCACGCAGCCUGCCGCCGCCGGGGGGCUCCCCGGCGGCGGCGGCGGCGGCGGCGGCGGCGGCAGCCCCCGUGCCUGUGGGUCCCGCUUCUCCGCCGAUGCUGCCUUGCUAGCUUCCUUCCCUUGCGCCGCUGGUGACCUGCGGCAGUACAUCUACACGCUAAGGCACCUUCCUGCUAGUGUGCUGCACGCUGCCGUACGCCGAGACUUCAGCGUGCUGCUCUACAUGUUCUCGCUGACGGCAGCGCUGGUGUUGCUGCUGUGCUGGCCUACGCUGUACGUCAGUGUACGGCACCCGGUAGUGCUGACGAUCCGCUUCACAAUGAUGAUCGGCAACCUGCUCGCCGCCGCCUACGCACCUCCCGCCUGUAUCCCCGCCACAACGGUUUUGUACUACAUGCCGUCGUACAAACACGUCAUCGGUGGCGUGCUGAAUCUGGGCUUCGUGUACUUCGCCGCGGUUGCAGUGGCGCUAGAGCGGGUUCCGCUGUCGUACCAGUUACCGUUUGGUUUGUUGGAGUGGUUUCUUGCGGUUUUCUCCGCUCACACCGCCACCCUCCGCACGCUGGGCGCUCCCUCCGCCGCCGGCCUUCUGCGGCCGCGGUGGCUGCUGCCGCACCUGGCGUUGUACUUCGCUGCGCCCUGCUGGGCGGUCUGGGAACUGGAGGGGGCGCAGAGGAACAAAUUCAGACAGAUCAUGGUUACGGUCAGCGCCCGGCGGCAGCAAGCUGCCGGGGAGCGCCCUCCGGCGGCGGCGGCGGCGGCGGUUUCAGACCGUGGACAUAGUUUCGGAUCGCGUUCUGUCGCUUGCGUACGGCGCUUCAUCCUUUCACCAACAGCCAAGGUGCCGUACAACGACCGCAACACCUACGCUGGCGGCGCCGCCGCAGCAGCUAAUCUGGGGUCUGAACGUACGACAACUCCGGCAGCCACGUCCUGCUCCUCCAUCGGCGGCGCAUCCGACGCCGUACGACGGGCACCGGCAAUAAAUGGUGCUUCACCGUACGGCAAACACGUACUCGCCUCCGCCGGCGCCUCGACGCCUCUCGCCACCAAGGUUCCCCCCGUCGCGGACCGUGAGGAGGGCGGCGGCGGCGGCUACAAAUCGGCUGGGAGCAAAACGCAAGCUCAGCCUGCCGCCGCGGUGGCGGCGGCGGCGGCGGCGGCACCGCCGCCGCCUCAUCAGCAUCAGCCCUCCGUCAGCCCUCCGCCAAUCCUCCGCGGCGUGCUGGUGGGCAAACCUGACGAGCGGCGCACUACAGUACUUGAUCAUCACCAUCACCAUCACCAUCACCAUCCUUGUCAUGAUCGUGAUCGGUUGCAGCGGCAGCGGCAUCCGCUGCCUGCCUACCAGGCACUCACACGUGCUGUGUUUUUAUCUGUGAAGGUGAAGACGCACGAGGAGAUGCCCUUCCCGCAGGCAGCAGCCGUGCUGGGGGCAACCUUUCGUACAACGAUGUUAAACCUGGCGGUGGCGGCGGCGUCGGCGGCGGCGACGCCGCCAGGGCCGGUUUGUACGACAGCGUCGACGCCGGUUCAGCGGUUGCCAUCCAUGGCGCUAGCUUCCAGUGUGGUUGUCGAGGGCUGCGUGCACCUGCUCAGCGUCGUUACCAGCAUCGGCGACCCGUGGGUCAGUGAGGCAAGUAGCGCCAGCGGCGGCGGCGGCGGCGGCGGCCGCGCAGCCAACGAUUAUUAUGGCGGCACCAUGUUGCACGUCGAAGCCGACGGCAUCGACAAGGUUCAAGCGCUUCCAGAGCUGCUCUCCGCGCUAUGGCAACAGCAGCAGCAACAGCAACAGCAUUCGUUGUGGCGGCAGCAGCAGCGGCAGGUGCAGGGGCAACAGGAGCAGCUACAGCUACAGCUACAGCGGUAUCCUCCGGGCGCCUCCUGGUGCCAGCAACAGCUACAGCUUUUUCUGGAUCCAGUUGCCGUACCGACGGCGACCACGGCACCCAUGCAGGAACCGGAAUUCGUACAGGUGUCGGUGGUGCUGCUGACGGCGCAGCCAGCGGCGGCGGUGCGCGUGGUCGUUGUCGGCACUCGGCCGCUGGCGACGCUGCCGCUGCUGGCGGUGCCGACGGCGGCAGCUGCGGGGGAGCUGUGCAGCUUACAUGUCGCGAUGGCGGAGCAGCAGCUGGAGCAGCAGCAGCAGCGGCGGCGGCACGACGUCGUUCGCGGCCAAGGAGACAUGGAGGGGAGCUCUGGGGGGGGCUAUGCCGUGGCGGGCAUUGGCGACUCCGAAACCACUCCGACACCCGGGAUGGUGAUGGAGAUCGUGGGGCCGGCCGCGGCAGUAGCAGCGGCAGCGGCCUUCAACCUACAGUUUCUGCCGCUGGCGUACGACAUGGCGCAUCUGCUAACAGUCUGCUGUUGUACGGCGGCUGGUGGCGGCGGCGACCCCGCUGCGGCUGGGAGUAAUCCCGCGUCGGCCGGCUCUGUAACGGAGGUGGAAGUGUACGGCAACGGGAGCGGGCUGAGCUGGGCUGGUUCCGCCUUCGACGGCGGAGUUGUCGGCGUCGGCGGCGCCGUCGCCGCCAUUGAUGACGGCUCGCCGCUGGCGGCUCUGGCUUCCUCCGUGUUGUCCUUCCUGGGGCAAUGCGGCGUCAAGAUGACGGCGAUGGAGGAGGAGUUGCGCGGAUUGCUGCUCAGGCAUAAGGGAAUCAGCCAUGCUGCAGCGCUCUCAUUCUUGCGAGACACGGGCAUGGAUUAGGGUUUUGCCUUUUCCCGGAACACAACCCAAGUGCCGGUCUUGUAACCCUCAUGUGCGCCGGAGCAAGCAAAAGACAACCCUUGAGGCAUGGCGGUGUUUAUAUACCCUGUCCAGUAAUGUACCCUGUCCAGUAAUGUACCCUGUCCAGUAAUGUACCCUGUCCAGUAAUGUACCCUGUCCAGUAAUAUACCCUGUCCAGUAAUAUACCCUGUCCAGUAAUAUACCCUGUCCAGAAUAUACCCUGUCCAGUAAUAUACCCUGUCCAGUAAUCAAACACAAACAGCGAUCGAUGAAUCAAACAGCGAGAGAUACAAACAUUCAUUCUCUUUCUCUCACAUGCCGUACAGAUUAGCGCUGUACUGUACGACAUACCCGUU